UUUUGUGUUGAAAGUAAAGAAUGUGCAGUAAAGGAAUGUAGAAUUGGGAAUUACUUCAGAGAGGUAGAAGGGUGGAAUUGUCACGUCGUUCAACAAUGGCUGAGGAAUUUGAUCGAUUAUGAUCGCGAAAGAAAGAAAAAAGGGAUAGGGUGAAAUGUAUAUGAUUGAAAAUUGUAGAGCAAGUGGACGGCUUCUCACACACAAUAGAACUUUAAUUAAAUUUAUUUUAAAAUAGGUGUAAGUAAUGAAAGAGAAUCUUAUUAGAAUUUUAAAUAGGAUGAACUAAAUUUAAGAUAGGAAAAAAGAGCAUUUAAUGAAAUAUGUAUAUGUAUGGUAAUUUUUUAAUUCACCUAACAGGAUUUUAAAUUAGAUCUAGGGUUGUACUAUGUAUAGUAAUAAAAAAUCAUAACCCAAAAGUCCCCCUAAAUCGCGUAUAAUCCCUAAAUCGUCCUCACAAUGAAAAGAAUUUUUGACUCAAACGUCCCCGUUUGUGUGGGGACAAACAGGGACGUUUGAGUUUUAAGGACCUGAAAAAAGGAUCUUGGCCUGCGACAAAGUGGACUUGCGACUAAGUGGCCUGCGACUAAAUGGUCGCGACUAAGUGGUCCGCGACUAAGUGGGCCGUUUCGGAUUUUAUGAAAUAUUUUAAUUUGGAAUUUUUCCUUGGUCUGGGAUACAUAAACCUGAAAAGGCCAGAUACUCGUAGAUUUUUCAUAUUUGUAAUCCUGCCAUUCAUAUUAAUAAGUAAAUAUACUAUGUGUUUUUGAUUUUUAGAAGAUAAAUGUCACUGGUUGGUAUUGACUUCAAAGCUCCACUUCGGGAGGUAAAAAGGGUGCAGUUUGGAAUUCUUAGUCCAGAUGAGAUUAAGCGUAUGUCUGUGUGCCAAAUAGAAUUUCCAGAAGUGAAAGAAAAUGGAAAACCAAAAUUUGAAGGACUUAAUGAUCCUAGACAAGGCGUUAUUGAAAAGAGAGGAGUUUGUAUUACAUGUGCAGGAAGUUACAACGAAUGCCCAGGACAUUUUGCUCAUUUGGAGUUGGCUAAGCCAGUUUAUAAUAUAAUUUUUAUUGCAAAGACUUUAAAGGUUCUUCGUUGUGUUUGUUUUUACUGCAGUCGAUUACUUGUUGAUAAAGAUGAUGUUCGAAUUAAAGAAAUUAUUAAGAAAACUCAACAUAAUAUGCGAGCGCGUAUUACAUUAGUCUAUGAUGUUUGUAAAUCAAAAAAUGUGUGUGAGGGUGCCGAAGAAGUAACUAAUCCUGAUGAUGAUGAGACAGUUGAAAAGGAGACUAAAGUUGGUGGAUGUGGACGUUAUCAACCAUCUUACAAACGUGUUAGAGGUAUUGAAAUUGAAGCAGAAUGGAAAAAGCACGUUAAUGAAGAUACGCAGGAAAGGAAGAUUCAACUGACUGCGGAGAGAACUCUAGAAAUUUUUAAAGGAAUUUCUGACGAGGACUGCGAAGUUCUUGGGAUGAGUCCAGAAUUCUCUAGACCAGAUUGGAUGAUAUGUCAAGUGCUUCCUGUUCCUCCUUUAGCUGUCCGACCUUCUGUAACGACUUUUAGUUCGAUUACCAGUCAAGACGACUUGACAUAUAAAUUGGCUGAAAUUGUUAAGGCAAAUAUUCAAUUAAAACGAAACGAAGCGAACGGUGCAGCUUCGCAUGUACUCGCCGAGGAUGUAAUUUUGUUGCAAUACCAUGUUGCCACAAUGAUUAAUAACAGUAGUCCUGGACUUGCAGUUGCACAUCAAAAAGGCGGUCGCCCUAUAAAAUCUAUAAAUCAGCGCCUUAAAGGCAAAGAAGGACGUAUUCGUGGAAAUCUUAUGGGCAAGCGUGUUGAUUUUUCUGCUCGAACAGUCAUUACGCCUGAUCCAAAUUUGCCUAUUGAUACUGUGGGCGUGCCGAGAAGUAUCGCUCAGAACUUAACAUUUCCUGAAAUUGUGACGCCAUUUAAUAUUGAACAUCUUCAAAAGCUCGUUGAAUGUGGUGACCGUGAUUAUCCUGGUGCCAAAUAUAUUAUCCGUGAUAAUGGUGCUAGAAUUGACUUGCGUUUUCAUCCGCGUCCCGCAGAUUUACACCUUCAAUAUGGUUACAAGGUUGAACGUCACAUGCGAGAUGGCGACAUUAUUGUCUUUAAUCGUCAACCAACAUUACACAAAAUGUCAAUGAUGGGACAUAGAAUUAAAGUUCUUCCUUGGUCUACUUUUCGUAUGAAUUUGUCUGUUACAACACCUUAUAAUGCUGAUUUUGACGGAGAUGAAAUGAAUUUGCAUUUACCUCAAUCAUUGGAAACUCGUGCGGAAAUUAGCGAAAUUGCAAUUGUACCCAAACAGUUAAUUACUCCGCAAGCAAACAAACCCGUCAUGGGUAUUGUGCAGGAUACUCUUACUGCGGUUAGAAUGAUGACAAAAAGAGAUGUUUUUGUUGAAUAUCCACGUUUGAUGGAUUUAUUAAUGCAAAUGCCUACAUGGGACGGAAAAAUACCUCAACCUGCAAUUAUUAAACCAAAACCUUUAUGGACUGGGAAGCAGAUUUUUUCUAUGAUUAUUCCUGGAACUGUAAAUGUUGAACGAACGCAUUCAACGCAUCCAGAUGACGAAGAUAGCGGCCCUUAUAAAUGGAUCUCACCAGGAGAUACAAAAGUUUUAAUUGAAAAUGGUGACCUAAUUUCUGGCAUAGUUUGUGCGAAAACAGUUGGCCGUGGUUCUGGAAAUCUACUUCACAUUGUUGCGUUGGAGCUUGGUCAUGAAAUUGCUGCUAAUUUUUAUUCGCAUAUACAAACUGUAGUCAAUGCUUGGUUGUUAGGCGAAGGCCACACAAUUGGAAUUGGUGACACAAUCGCCGAUCAAGCCACUUAUCGCGACAUUCAAGAGACUAUUAGAAAAGCCAAACAGGAUGUAAUCAACAUUAUAGAAGAUGCUCACAAUGACAAAUUGGAGCCGACAGCUGGAAAUACUUUGAGGCAAACCUUCGAGAAUGCUGUUAACCGUAUACUGAACGAUGCUCGAGAUAGAACUGGCGCAUCUGCACAAAAAUCACUUUCUGAGGCUAACAAUUUUAAGUCUAUGGUUGUAGCCGGUUCUAAGGGAUCAAAAAUUAACAUUUCACAAGUAAUUGCUUGUGUCGGUCAGCAAAAUGUUGAAGGGAAGCGAAUUCCUUUUGGGUUCCGUCAUCGAACACUUCCACAUUUUAUUAAGGACGACUAUGGCCCAGAAUCUCGUGGUUUUGUUGAGAAUUCAUACUUGGCUGGUCUCACACCAUCUGAAUUCUUUUUUCACGCAAUGGGUGGACGUGAAGGAUUGAUUGAUACAGCUGUUAAAACUGCUGAAACCGGUUACAUUCAACGUCGUUUGAUUAAAGCUAUGGAAAGUGUAAUGAUUAACUAUGAUGGAACUGUUAGGAAUUCUGUCGGGUAUAUUUUUAUAUUUUUAUUUGAAUUAUUUCGUCAGUUCUGUAAUGCAAUUACGUUAUGGUGAAGAUGGACUG